AUGUUUAAGAAACAGAUCCUUUUGUCAGCUCGUCUUGGCUCUUGCCAAGCUUUGAAUCCCUUCAGAGCAAAUGCUGUUUCUCGAUUCUAUGCGUCCGGCAAGGCUGUAGCUCUUACCGCAGACACCUACAGCGACAAAGUCCAGAGAGAUAGCAAAUACAAGAAGCUUGAUGAGAAAGAUCUUCUGUUUUUUCGUGAUAUAUUGAAGGACGGAAACUACAUGAUUUCCAAUGAGCAAGACCUUGAGUUUUACAACGAAGAUUGGAUGAGAAAGUAUAAAGGUCAAUCUCAAUUGGUCUUGAAACCAAAAACUACUGAACAAGUGUCCGAGAUCAUGAAAUAUUGUAACGCACAAAAGCUUGCAGUAGUCCCACAAGGUGGUAACACAGGUUUAGUCGGAGGUUCUAUUCCUGUGUUUGAUGAGAUUAUUUUGUCAUUGUCAAACAUGAACAAGAUCCGUUCUUUUGAUAGCGUCAGCGGUAUAUUGAAGUGUGAUGCUGGUGUCAUUUUGGAAAACGCAGACAACUUCUUGGCUGAAAACGGUUACAUCUUUCCUUUGGACUUAGGUGCUAAGGGGUCCUGUCACGUAGGUGGUGUUUGCGCCACUAAUGCUGGUGGCCUCAGACUCUUGAGAUACGGUUCUUUGCACGGUACCGUAUUAGGUCUUGAGGCUGUUCUUCCAGAUGGUACCAUUUAUUCAUCUAUUGAUGCUUUAAGAAAGGACAACACUGGAUAUGACUUCAAGCAAUUACUUAUCGGUUCAGAGGGUACCCUUGGUGUGAUUACCGGUGUUUCUAUCUUGUGUCCUUCUCGCCCAACUUCUACUAAUGUUGCGUUCUUGGCUGUUUCCUCUUACGAGACUGUCCAAAAGGUCUUUGUUGGUGCCCGUAAAGAAUUGUCCGAGAUCCUCUCUGCUUUCGAGUUUAUGGAUGGUAAGUCGCAACUCUUAACUGGUCGUUAUCUUAAGGCCGAUCAUCCAAUUGAGAGUGGUGACUACCCAUUUUAUGUUUUGAUAGAGACAAGUGGUUCGAACAGAGACCACGACAUGGAGAAGCUUGAAACAUUCUUGGCUAACGCCAUGGAAGAGGGAUUGGUUGACGAUGGUAUCAUUGCUCAAGAUGAAGCCCAAUCUCAGUCCUUGUGGUCCUGGAGAGAGUCUAUCCCUGAGGCCUCUGCUCAUGACGGUGGUGUGUAUAAGUACGACGUCUCCAUUCCUUUGAAGGAUUUGUACGGCCUCGUUGAGGCAGCUGAGACUAAAUUGAACGAAGCCAACUUGGUUGACAUUGAUUCCAAUGACAAACCCGUUGUCGGUGCUAUUGGAUACGGUCAUCUUGGUGAUGGAAAUUUGCAUUUAAAUGUUUGCGUCCGCGAGUACAACAAGAACAUUGAAAAGACCUUGGAACCUUUUGUUUAUGAAUGGAUUCAGGAAAAACAGGGUUCGAUUUCUGCUGAGCACGGCUUGGGUUUCCAGAAGAAGAACUAUAUCGGCUACUCGAAGAGCGACGUCGAGAUCAAAUUGAUCAAAGACAUUAAGAACCAUUACGAUCCAAAUGGUAUAUUGAACCCAUACAAAUAUGUUUAA